CGGUGGCCUCGGGAGUGGCGCGCCCGCGUCCGUCGGCCGCGCUGACGACGAUGGCGACUGGUCGCGCGGGAAGAAGCCGCUGCCAUCAGGCCCGUCGCGCUACCCGAGCCUCGGCUCCGCGGGCGGCGGCUUCCGCGACUCGCCCGUCUCGACCGACUCCUCCGACCGCUGGUCCCGUGCCGCGCCGAGCAAUGACGAGCGUGAGAGGCCUCGCAUCGUGCUUGAUCCGCCCAAACGUGACGCCUCGGCCACCCCUACCCCUCCUGCUGAGGCAGGACGCAGCCGGCCGAGCCCAUUUGGAGCCGCGAGGCCACGGGAGGACGUGCUGGCCGAUAAGGGGCUGGACUGGAAAAAGAUGGAAACUGAGAUUGAUCAGAAGAGGACUAGCCGACCCACUAGCUCGCAGUCGAGUAGGACAGAGAGUGCUCAACCAUCACGUCCUGGGAGCCCCGGGUCACAGAUAUCAGCCACCGGUAGUGAAGCCGCACCCACGGCGCGGCCGAAGGUUAAUCCUUUUGGUGAAGCAAAGCCAAGGGAGGUGAUUCUGCAAGAGAAAGGGAAGGACUGGAGGAAGAUUGACCAAGAGCUGGAGCAUCGCCAGAUUGAUAGACCAAAGACAAAUGAAGAGAACGUGUUGAAAGAAGAGAUUAACCUACUUAAGGUGGAACUAGACGAAAGUGAAGGCAAGAUAAGUGAUGAGGAUGCAAAAGCCAUGUCUGAGAAAAUAACUCAAAUGGAAGAGCAGCUGGAACUUCUUAGAACUGCGAUGGAUGACAAGAUCAGAUUUUUGCAAAGACCUGGUUCUGGAGCAGGCAGGGUUAUAGCAUCGCCACCUACUAAUUUUGUAGAUGAACCCCAAAUAAAAGAGUCCAUGGAAAGGCCACGAGCACACAGCAGCACAGAGCAAUAUACAAAACCAACUGAAGAAAGAUGGGGGUUUCAGGGGAGCAGAGAUAGAGGCUCUUUUGGUGGCAACAGAAUUUCAGAGAGGUCGUCCGCAGGACAGAGGUGGUGAGACUAUAGGGGUCAGAUUUUUUUUUGCCAUCGUUUCUUCGAAACUGCAGAAGAAUAAGUUAUGUUCCUCUUGCUACUUGACUCCCAUUUUGUUUGGCUUGGAAGAAUGGAGAGCAUCGUGGGCAAUACAGAUUACAUUGCACGAACCUGUUAAUUACCACCUUUAUAUGGUGUUUUUCUUCC